CAGCCCGCCCAGUCGCCGCUUCAACUCAGACAUCCACCUGACGCUCCACACACGUCUUGUGCUGCGCUGUCGCGGCGCACCACCAUCUGCCCACCACGUCUUCCACCAAGCUUCUUCGUCUCCAGACGCAGCACGCCAUGUCCCCGUCGUCGACGGGUGACUCCCCGCGUUCGGCCACGGGCAACGGUAACGCGGGGAGGUCUUUUCCCGUGCCGUCACGCGAGGCCUUCAACGUCGACGUUCCCUCACCUUCAAUGACCAACGGCAUCCACCCUCUCAAGUCGCCCGCCUCGCUCAAGGUGCAACGAACGCCCAGUUUCAGUAGAGAUGGUUUCCUAGGUUCCGUGCAAAAGGCCCGGAACAUGUCUCAGUCCUCCGAGAACCGUCCCGAUGCUCUGACCAAUGGCAUGCACACGGCGCCCAGCGACGAGGGGUCCAACCCGCUAAAGAGGAGAAACACAGACGUUGGCGUUGACUAUCCACGGAGGAGGGCCACCAUUGCAUGUGAAGUGUGUCGCUCCCGCAAGUCCCGCUGCGAUGGCACAAAACCAAAGUGUAAGCUCUGCACUGAGCUGGGCGCCGAGUGUGUCUAUAGAGAGCCCGGCAUCAAGCUGGAUGCUGGAGAUAAGCUGAUUCUCGAGCGCCUCAACCGUAUUGAAAGCCUGCUGCAGAUGAACAUGGUCGCCGGCCAGGGAAACGGCAUCGCCAUGAACCAGGAGUCGCCAUCGAUGAGUAACGGAUCAGGUCUCAACGGAGACAGCCUAAUGGGCAUACCAGGCUCAGGCAACGCCGUCUCCAUCAUCCCCAACGGCGGCCUGGGCACAUGGAACAACCCGACAAACAUAUCAACCAUGCCCAAGAUGCACACGAAUGCGGCACUUCAUCUUUUGCAAUGGCCUCUUAUUCGCGACCUUGUCUCUCGCCCGUAUGACCCGCAAGUCCUACUCCAGCUGGAAAUGGCCCGCGAGCCUCUUCAUUCGCUCACAAAGACGCCAUGUGUCGACCUGUCCAACACGACCGCCUACAUCGAGGCCUAUUUUGAGCGGGUCAACGUCUGGUACGCCUGCGUCAACCCGUACACGUGGAGGAGCCACUACCGAACGGCCCUCUCCAACGGCUUCCGUGAGGGCGCUGAAAGCUGUAUCGUCUUGCUGGUCUUGGCCCUGGGUCAAGCGAGCUUGAGAGGCAGCAUUUCGCGCAUCGUCCCUGGAGAGGACGCUCCCGGGCUGCAGUACUUCACGGCCGCGUGGGCGCUGCUGCCCGGCAUGAUGACGUCCAACAACGUCCUGGCGGCGCAGUGCCACUUGCUGGCUUCGGCCUAUCUGUUCUACCUGGUGCGGCCCCUGGAGGCCUGGAACUUGCUCUGCACCACUAGCACCAAACUCCAGCUCUUGCUCAUGUCCCCCAACAGAGUCCCGCCCAACCAGCGGGAGCUGACUGAGCGAAUCUACUGGAACUCACUACUAUUCGAGAGCGACCUGCUGGCCGAGCUGGAUUUGCCACACUCGGGCGUCGUUCAAUUUGAGGAGAACGUCGGCCUUCCUGGCGGCUUCGAGGGCGAGGAGCAAGAAGCGAUUGGCCGAGACGACCUCUGGUACUUCCUCGCCGAGAUUGCCCUGCGGCGGCUCCUCAACAGGGUCAGCCAGCUCAUCUACUCAAAAGACUCGAUGGCUUCCACCACCAGCCUGGAGCCGGUGGUGGCGGAGCUCGACUUUCAGCUGACGCAAUGGUACGAGAGCCUGCCGAUGCCGCUGCAGUUCCCCUUCACCCGCACCCUCCUCUCCGAUCCGGUGCAGACCGUGCUGCGCUUGCGCUUCUUUGCUUGCCGGACGAUCAUCUACCGUCCGUACAUCUUGGCCGUAUUGGACAACGAGCAGGCCGUGCUGGACCCGGCGGUGCGUGACAGCUGCCACAAGUGCCUGGAAGCCUCCAUCCGCCAGCUGGAGCACAUUUCACAACAUCACGCCGGCCACAUGCCGUACCUGUGGCAGGGAGCGCUCUCCAUCGUAUCGCAGACACUACUGGUCAUGGGUGCGACCAUGUCACCCUCUCUGAGUAGUAUCCUCCUCACCCUCGUUCCCCAUAGGGAAACCAUUGAUCAGAUCAUCAACGACGUGGUCAUGGAAAUCGAGCGAUACUCGACACUGGCCCCGAGUCUGAGCCUGGCAGCCGAAAUCAUCAAGGAGGCCGAAGUGCGAAGGAGGGCAUACCUGAGCGGUUGAAAGCCGCUCGGCCCGCCCGCCUAUUCGAAUUGAUCUACUUGUCUGCAGCGGGCCAUCCAUCUCAAGAAUGCGACCUGCGGCAGUCUCCAGCUCCACGUUGCUGACGGCCUUCAGUUGACGACUCUGCAUCGAGCGCCCCGCCACCCGUUUGAUCGGGAAAGCAGGCAUACACUGGCGGCAUCGCGUGCAAGCUACACUGAGCUGGUGGAGGCAUCCAUCUGGGGUGCAGACAGAAAUCCGGGGUCACGCCAUCUGGAAAUGAGGGUUGGACGUGGCCUGCGAAUUGGCGUGGCUUGGUUGGCGGGUAAUACUUGAUCUUACACGGUAUUCGGACCGAAAUCCCGGCACGUCCACCCACACAGCCAAUGAGCCAGCCUGGCGCCAACCCAUUUCGAGAUGGCUCUGCCGCCGACCCCCGAGGGAUAGA